AUGACACACUCUUGGUGGUUUCAAACUUUAGCCAUAGGCACCACAUGGUUCAGUCUUUUGGUAUGCUCAACAUCUUCAACUGACCCAUUUCUUCAACAACGCCUAGACAAUGUUGGUUGGCUCCCAGGUCAAACCUUUAACAUCAGCUUUGAACACUAUUCUGGUUAUGUCACUAUUAAUGACCAAGCUGGGAGGUCACUGUUCUAUUGGUUCAUUGAGGCUCAAGAAGACCCUCACUCCAAACCCCUUGUUUUAUGGUUCAAUGGAGGGCCUGGAUGUUCAUCCAUUGCUUAUGGGGAGGCGGAGGAAAUUGGCCCUUUUCAUAUAAAGUGAGGCAAGACCCUUUACCUGAAUCCUUAUUCUUGGAAUCAAGCUGCCAACAUUCUUUUUCUUGACUCUCCUGUUGGAGUUGGAUUUUCGUAUUCAAAUACUUCAUCUGACAUUCAGAACAAUGGUGAUAGGAGGACAGCUGAGGACUCUUUGAUAUUUCUACUGAAGUGGUUUGAACGUUUUCCCCAGUAUAAAGGAAGGGACUUUUUUUAUCAGUGGUGA